AUGGAACCAAAUCGCCCCAAGCGACACCUCUUAUCCUUACCGGCGGAGAUCCGGAUCCUAAUCUACAAGGCGGUGUUUGACGAUAAUGAUGUCUGUGAAAUCCAACGCAGACCCAUUCCCGUCUGGUGUCCGGUCGACAAAUGCUGGCACCAAGUCCGGCGACAGUUCAUGGCCGACCAGACUAAUCGAAAUAGCUGGGAUGGCUUCUGUUCACAUCCGGGAUGUCAAACGAAACAGGGGCAAACAGUCAGCCGCGACAUCUACGUCGGUCAUGGUCCACUCAUCGCCUCCGGGCAUUAUCCAUGCCCCCAAUCCCUGGACAGGAAUCCAGCGCUUAGUCUCGGCUUCCUUCGCACCUGUCGCCAGGUAUACGAAGAGGCCAGACACUUCCCCUAUAGUCGAGCCACCUUUUUCACCCAAGAACUUGGCAGCUUUGCCAACUUCACCUAUUGCUUGAAAGCAUGGCAAGUCGCCUCCAUAGCCCAUCUCCGAAUCCGGAUCCCUUUGGUGCAGAGCGUAGAGACACAUCUGGCCGAAUGGAACGAAACGCUCUCGUUGAUCAGCCUGGCAUUCUACGGCUUGUCUACCAUCUCUGUUGAAGUCCACUUCCGCUAUGCUGAGCAGACCUGGAGGGACACCUUCUGGGAUGGCGGGCUCCUAGAAUUGGAUCGGUUAAAGUUGAAGGGCAUGCAACUGGUCAUCUACGAGGGGGAAAGGGAUCCCCGUCAGUUUUUCGAGUAUUCAGCGGGGACCCUGGCAUCUCCAAAGCCGAAUCAGAAGGCUGCCACCCCCAACCCCAUCAGCUUCCACCAUGCCCGUGAUACCCUUCGACAACGUGACCAGUCGCGCAUUGAUCCCAACGAUACCGGGCGCUUAUUCUUCCGUCUGUCACCCAACGAUUUCCCUCUCUAUGUGUGCAAUCUCAUCCACUUGCUGCCUCAGCGGCCUCGCACUGAAGCGGAGAUCCGACGCGAGGAUAGACACCAGCGGGACUACAACUACCACUACGCUUAUCCCGAGGACGAUCCUGGACACGUGAACCCAAUCUUUGGCUUCCAAUUCAGUGACGCGCUGAAGGAAAACAAGGAUGAAAUUGCGCGAGGGCUAGAUAAGCUGCAGCGGUCUCGCAAACGCCUGCAGCAGCAGAGGGCCAAGUCGCCCUUGCCUUUGCCGUACAAGCCCAGUCGGAGAGGCGUCUACCCACAGAGUCGGAGGAAUAGCCAGGAGUAUCAAUCCGACCGCAGUGAUAUGGGCGAGGAGGUUGAGCGUCCCGGAGACUGGAGACGCCGCUUGGUUCAGGAAAAGUUUGCACCGUUUAUGGAGUCCUUCCCAUUGUCAGCGACCCGAAAAUACCCCGGACCCCAGAGCAUUUGUUUGAAUUGCCCAGGAGAGGCAACUGGAGACAGCGAGCAUCAACAUCAGUAUAGUAUCGUUUCCCUCUCGCCCGAUCUUCAACCAGGGCCAAGCAGCGAGACAGGCAGGCAGUCAGUCAGUUCCCUUGUCCCUGAAGCUCCUUGCUUGUACAGUGAUGUUGAGCGGUACGUAAUGUUGUGGGGGAAGGAGGAAUGGGGGAAUUUCCGUGGUCAAAGUGGAAACAAAUUGCAGCAGUUGCGGUGGAGAGAAGCAAGUGGAGCUGCACCAUUUCGAGCGAGUGUCGUGAUUUCCCCAUUUCUCUUUGUCAUCCCCAACCGGUCACGGGUCGAAGGGGGGAGACUUUACUGGAUUGGAGCAAGAAAGGGGUCUAGAUGGAUCACAACAUCUUCUUCUCCUCUGCGGGCCUUGCGUAACUUUACCCCAUCGCCGGACUGGCUUUUGCGUAGUUUCAAGCUGGACCCAAGAAUGGGUGAAAGGCAAGAAUACUACUAUCAGGUGCGCAAGGCAUUUCCGUGUGCGGCCACCAAUGACCUCAACAUGACAGAUUCGGGAGAUCGACCGGCCUUAUGCGCAUCGCCAUGGAAAGCUGUCUUCAGCUGUUUUCUAGUACUUACCCCUGGAUAA